AUGGAAGAAGAGGCAGAGUUGUCCCGGCUCCGCGCCCUCUUCCUCUCCUUUGAUGCCGAGCGUUGCGGCCGCCUGGGAAGGGGGGACUUCUCCGAGCUGUGUGCGGAGCUGAGGGUGAGCCCGGCACAGGUGGAGAACAUCUUCAGGCGCCUGGACACGGACAGGGACGGAGCCAUAACCUUUGAGGACUUCGUCAUGGGCUUCCGAGGGGCUAAGGGGCCACAGGUGACAGAAGGGAGCCGGGACCCCCCUACAGGGCAACCCCAAAAGUCUCCAAGUGAGGAGCACCAUGAGGAGGAGAGCUUCAGUCCGGCAUGGAAGGACUUCCAACUGCGCCUGGGUGAGGAGACCAACUACAUUCCCAGGAAAGAACAAACAGGUGUACUUUAUCAGAACAUCACCAUAGUGGAACCCCUAUUAAUCCAGCAGUAUGAACAUGUCAUCCAAAAUUUUGUCCGGGAGAUCAGACUCCAGAGCACAGAAAUGGAAAGCUUAGCUAUUGCCGUUAAAAGAGCACAGGACAAAGCAGCAAUGCAGUUAAGUGAGCUGGAAGAAGAGAUGGAUCAUCGGAUACAGGCUGUUGAGAACAGAAUUAAAAAAGAGGAGAAGAGAAAAGCAGAGGAAGUCCUCAAUGACUUGAAGCGACAACAUGAAUCUGAAGUAGCUGAGCUCCAGGUGACAAUCAAGAAACUGAAAAAGCUGGAAGAACAAUCAAAAAGCAUAAACUUAAAAGAAGAUGUGGCUGCUUUAAGAAAGCGAUUGCAUGAGUUGACUCUGGAAAAUCAGAAACUUAAGAAAGAGCUUCUGGAGGCCCAGACAAGCAUCUCUUUCCUUCAGAGCGAACUUGAUGCUCUGAAAAGUGAUUAUGCUGACCAGAGUCUAAGCUCUGAAAGAGAUAUGGAAAUAAUCAGGGAAUAUACAGAUGAACGGGAAAAUUUGGCACACCAAAUUGAAAUUCUUCAAACAGCUAAUAGAAAGCUGCAUGACAGUAAUGAUGGACUGCGGAGUGUGCUGGAGAACAGUUUGAUCAAGUACAACAGAUCACUGCGUGCAAACACGUCACCGGGAAGUACCAUUUCCAGGAACAGUCCCAAGUUAAACAGAUGUAAUUCUCCAUAUGACCGGUCUCCACGAUCAUCCUACUUAGAUGAAGAUUAUGAUUCUUUAGCAGUGUGUGAUCCUAUGCAGAGAAUAAACUGUGAGGUUGACAGCCUUCCUGAGAGCUGCAUAGACAGUGGUCUAUCCACUCUUAGAGACUCCAAUGAGUAUGAUUCUGAAGUGGAGUACAGGGCACCAAGGAACUUCCACAGAUCAAGGUUUCCACUUGAGAGCUAUGGCGGGGAUGCUUCAGAUACAGAUGUGCCAGAAAUCCGAGAUGAAGAGUCAUAUGCCCCUGAAUCUGCUGGGUCAUUUCUUGACUGGAAACCCUCACGACCGGUCAGUAGGAGCAGUUCAGGAUCCUCAUCGAGAAAGUGCAUCUCAGCACUGUCUGCACAUGCAACACAAGUAGAUGCUGAGGACAGAGUGAGCAAGUUUCCCAGCACAGGGAAAGCAUACAAGAUCGUCCUUGCUGGAGAUGCUGCUGUUGGGAAGUCUAGUUUUCUCAUGAGACUUUGUAAAAAUGAAUUUCGAGGCAACACAAGUGCUACUUUGGGAGUGGAUUUUCAAAUGAAGACACUUGUAGUAGAUGGAGAGCCAACGUUAUUGCAGCUUUGGGAUACAGCAGGCCAGGAAAGAUUUAGGAGCAUUGCAAAGUCUUAUUUUAGAAGAGCCGACGGAGUUCUCCUUCUUUACGAUGUGACUUGUGAGAAGAGCUUCCUGAAUGUGAGGGAAUGGAUAGAUAUGAUAGAGGAUGCAACAAAUGACAGCAUACCUAUCAUGAUGGUGGGGAAUAAGGCUGAUCUCCGACAGGCACUGUCAGAGCAAGGGCAUAAAUGUGUACCGACCAGUUAUGGAGAAAAAUUAUCCAUGACCUACAAUGCUUUGUUCUGUGAAACUAGUGCCAAAGAGGGCUCAAACAUCGUAGAGGCUGUUCUUCAUCUUGCACGGGAAGUGAGGAAAAGGUGUGAUAAUGAAGAUGACAGAGGAUCUGUAACUAAUCUUUCUGGGGCCAUAACCAAAAAACCAACACAAAUGAAAAACUGUUGUAAUGUCUAAACUGUUGUUUCACAAACCUACUGGGAUGUAAUUAUACAAUGGUAUUUUUAAUAAGUUGUAUUUUCAAUUAAUAUGAAGGAAUUGUACAUAAGUGUUACUUUUUGUGGCAUGUUGUAGCAUAUGUUUUUCCUUUUUUUAAUUCAACUUAAGUUCAUGUAUAAAACCAAGAGGAAAGAAAAGAGUCGGUUUACAAUAGCAAGCAUUCAAAUUUUUAUGUU